AGUCAUGCAGUUCAGUUCAGUUACCAGCGAUAAGUCGACAUAGUUGGACGUACAAGCUAGAGGAAUAUAGAACCACCAUGCCACCACCACCCCACGAUCACUGCGGAGGGCCACCACCACAUCGCCGUGGGCCCGUGAUUAAGGUCCAGAUCGCACCACCAUGGCCACGUCGUCAUCACCGCCCACCACCUCAAGUUGUGGUGGUUCAGCAGCAGCAGCCACCCCCACCACCCCAGCCAGUUGUGGUGGUGCAACAGGCUCCUCCACCACCCUACUACCAGUAUCAACCGCCACCACCACCGCCAUCCGGAAGCAGCCACUACCACAAUCCACAAUAUUGAGAAGGAACUUUGAUCUGUCAAAUUAUGAUGAAUUUAUUUUAGUUAGCCUUACUGAAAAACUAUAUGUCCUAAAUAAAAUAUAUAGAAAUAAUAUAAAAAUUA